GUCACUACCACACCCACCGCAAGCACUAUACGUACAAGCGACCGAAGCAAUACUCGCUAAAAUAUCGUAUCACCAGGAGGAAUUCGUCUCGAUUGUGGCACAUAUACUGUACAGCAGUUGGAGUACGAAACGGUGAGUGUGUCGAGUAAGUCAUCUUUCUCCGAGACCUCUCGCUCUCCUUGGUGUAGCACCAGUCAGCAGCCUUCAGUAGCAGAAGUUCCAGCGGGAUAAACUCCAGUACAUUCAUCCUAGCAAAACAGGAAUCAGCACAGUAACCAAAUCAAAGAUGGCAGAACCACUAGGAGAACAGAACCCCGUCUACUCUCCCUUCUUCGGAGUUAUGGGAGCAGCUUCUGCAAUCAUUUUCAGCGCCCUCGGAGCUGCCUAUGGCACGGCAAAAUCCGGCACAGGUAUCGCUGCCAUGUCGGUGAUGAGACCUGAGCUGAUCAUGAAGUCCAUCAUUCCCGUUGUCAUGGCGGGUAUCAUUGCUAUCUACGGUCUGGUCGUUGCCGUCCUCAUCGCCGGUAACUUGGAAAGUCCAGCGACCUACACGCUCUACAAGGGCUUUAUCCAUCUCGGUGCUGGUCUCUCCGUAGGACUAUCCGGUUUGGCAGCCGGUUUCGCAAUUGGUAUUGUCGGUGAUGCCGGCGUCCGUGGUACUGCCCAGCAACCGAGACUGUUCGUCGGUAUGAUUUUGAUCCUAAUUUUUGCUGAAGUCUUGGGUCUGUACGGUCUGAUCGUUGCCAUCUAUCUGUACACGAAAUAAGCUGCUACAAAUCAUGGUCCACAAUUGUCAUUAUCACCUUCGCCAUCCCAACACCAUCCUCGACACCAUCAGAACAAACAACAGCAAACAGUAAGAGGCAACAUCAUUUUAUCAAGCGAGGUAUGAAGUGCAUAAAAACAGUGUAGUGAAAACAACUUUGCUAAUAACACCAGCAGUGAACAUAUUAUUACCAUCCACUAGAGAAGAACUACGCCAAGAGUGGAACAAUAUUAGGGAGAAAAGCUAAAAAGUAAAACAAAAACAUGUCGCCAAUAAUAUACCAGAGACGUGUGAGCGAAAGGUGUCGUUUUCGAGCAUACAUCAGAUGCCUCCUUCCGGAACUAAAACAAAAGACUAUGUAUUUAUGUAAAAUAUUGUAUUUAAUUAUAACUUAAUUUAUGUAAUGUAAAUUUUUGCCCCAGAAACGAAACAAACAAGUUGGUUGCCGUUUAUAGGUUAUUUGCAUAGAUUGGGAACUAAGCAUAAAAGUUAACUGUACAAAGCAAAAAAGAAGUGUAAAUCUAGAUAAUGUCAAAUGUACCGUUUAUCGCCCAUAUUGGACGAAGUGUAGCCGUACAGCAUGACAUCAAUAACCUGUAAACUGCGCAAUGUGCACUGAAAAGUUUCCUAUAUUCGGUUCAGAUUGUUCAGCAAUGAUAAUUAUGUUUUGAUUGCAUUUAACUGCACUGUAGUGACGCGUGUCCAAAUCAGGAUCUCUAGGACACACCGUAACAUCAUGUUCACGACAGCCAAUUCCACCACACCCCAGAGAGAAUCAACAUGUCCCUCUAAAAGUCCAUCAUCUAUUUUUUACACAAAUAUUUGAAACUCGCGAAUGCAAGUCGAUAAAAGGUUGAGCCUGUGAUAAAAGCUUCCAUCACUAACCAUGUAUUUGAACACACAAAAAAAACGAACAACUACGAAGCGGUUCCCUUUAACUCAACCGAAUUCCAACCAUUCACAAUUAGUAACAUCUGGGAAUUGCGUUUCGUGUGCUCAAACUUGCUGUAGUUUAUAUUCAGAGAGAGAGAGAGAGAGAAAAGUAUUAUGUGUUUUGUUUUACGUCCCGGAAGAAUCCCUCGCUGCGUAUAUUAUUGAGAUAGACUGAAAAAUUAAUGUUGGAAGAAAGUUGAGCUAUUUAUUUUCGCAUUCGUUACACAAAAUAGAACGUACAAAGUCAUAAACGCGGCAGAGCCGAUAUAUAAGGAGAAAUAUCAACCAAUCCUGCUCGUUACAACCGAUAGGCGUAAAUGUUCGUAAAUAUGUUUGUGUCUUCACGUGGUUUGAGUUAACAAACAAAAACUGUAUAACACUAUUGUGAUGAUCUAUAAUUGUAUGAAACAUAUUCAAUCCAAUCGGAAAAGUCCAAUGUGGGCGUCAAGAUAGAAAGCAGUCAUCGUGGAUUCAGGCAAAUUAAAGGAAACAAGUACCAGCUGAAAGAAUGAGAAAACUCCGUAACGACUAUAACAACUUGGUCGUUGUCCUACGUAAAUGGUUAAAAGACAAAAGACACACACACCGAUACAAAACGACACACACACAUACAAGUACGCGAUGAUGAACCUCUACCAUCACCACCGUGUCAUCGAUCGUCGUAUUUGAAAGUACCAAAGGCACAAACGCUAGCAAAGAUAACUUCAAUUCAUAACUCCACUCGCAAAAUAAUGCUCCUGUACGCGGUCCGAUACAUUUUGAUGCUGAAAUGUGGAGGUUGCGUUACACGAACAAAGAUAAGUGGGGCUCUUCUCGAAGGAUCUCAAUCUAACUUCCUGUAAAAAUUAACAUCAAUUUGUUGAGAGUGACGAUUUACUUCAGAGGAGGUAAUUUGAAGUUACCUUUCCCCGAGCAUUUGAGUGCUAAGCAAACACUCUUUUGGGGACGUUGCAAACGAAUGAAUCUAAACGUAAUUGUUAUUGGGGAAACAUCAUCCAGGAAUCAACUAAUCAACCAGCCAGUAUCAACAUAGAAACCGGAUAAAUAAUGCCAAGAUCUUGAAAAUACCCUGUUUUGUUGUGGAAGCUUUACGAAAUCUAACGUUAUUGAUAAGUUGAACAAAAACAAAGAGAAAACCGAAAUGACAUUCAAACAACAUCUGAUGAAUAAUUCAAUAAAUUAACUGAAAACAAA